CCCCAGGUCACCCACCCCAUUGGGGGUUCUCCCCAAGGACACUGGGAUUCACCUGCAUCAGAAGACUCCGAGGACUCAGAUGACAAGGAGGAUUCUGAUGCCCGCCGGGACAGGGAUAAGCGAGUCAGCUGACUUUGGAGGGAUCGGAGUUUUCCAAGAGGUCCUCCGCGGGAGUGACAGUGGUGCCUCCCUCAUGGGCAGCUGCAGGCCCCAUGCCUCUCAUCCCUCUCUGGCAGGGCCCCAUCCUGGGCAGAGGGGCCUGGGGCUGGGCACAGAGUCUGGCCAUCCAGCUGCUCCUUUCCCAGUUUGAAUUCAAUAAAUCUGUCCACUCCCCUUUUGUGGGAGUGAACAUUUUAACAGCCAAGGGUGCAUCCUUCAUGGUCUGGGCUUGCGUCUGAUUGGGGGCACAUGUCCUUUCCUGGUUCCCUUUGGUCUUUGCACUAGUGGGACAUGGAAGCUAGUAUUGAGAGGGGUGAGGGGCAGAAGGAGUCCUCAACAUCCACAUUUAAAUGUUUAUGAAGAAUUUGGGAGGAAUGGGUCGCUUUAAGGAAAUCUAGUCAUGCUAGGGUUAGAGAGGGGCUUGGGGUCACUUGACUGGCACAGUGACAGAUCUUGCAGUCUUGGACUAAAUCAGGCAAUGGGCACUUGUGGCCUGAACCAACUAAGGCUGGCUAAGAAGGUGCUUGCAAGAGUGAGGCCAGGACAGAAGAUUGUUGAGACAGCUUCUCUAGGCCAUAUUAGAAUUUGGAGGGGAAGAUGGGGUUUACCUCUGGUGCCUUAACAGGAGCCCUUUAGGUCUUCAAGUGAUUAGCAGCUCCUGGUCUGGUGGUCAUCCUUGAGGCAGGAGGAAGAUAAGUUACUGAGAAGAGAUUGUACUCACAGUAGGCUAAGGAUGGGCACUCCCAUGCAGUGCCCUCCAGGGGCUCCACAGCCAAAGCUGAGGACUGCGCUUCCCUAGUCCUGUCCUGUCCUUACAGUCGCCAAACCCCUCCUUUAGUAAUUCCUUACUGAGGCCUUCAGGCCCAGCGGCAGCUCUGGGCCCCAAACCGGUUUUCCCACCCAGCCUGGGGUUGGCACAUCACUUCUGUAGUUCCUCCCAACCGCUGCCCCACCGCCCCACUAAGUUCGUCCUCUCCCCACCCUGGAAUGUUAGGGGGUGGAGGUAUCCAGGUCGUCUUUUGUCCCUUGCCUGCCCUGGGUGUGGUCCCUUCCAGAACAGCAAGGUAUGUGACUUUAAACAAGUUGGGGUAAGUUCCACUCUUGGCCUUCUGCACUUCUGGCACUCAGGAAUCCCCUCCAGGCCUUGAAGACCUUGGAAACAAAAGGACAACAAAAAUGAGUUGAGAUUCCCCUUGAUAUCAACGCCCUCUCCCAACCUGAGCUCUGGAGGCAGAGACCAGAAAAACCUACUGGAAACCAGCUUAUGUUUUGGGCCUGCCCUGGAGUGAGGAGGAGGAAGUAGAGUAGCCUUCUCUUUAGGUGCUCCUGGCAACCCAGGCCCCUCACAAGUACCAAGGCAAAUCACUUCAUGUGUCCCCUGCCAACAAGAGCACCACUUUUGCUAGAGCUGAGAUGAUCUCAUAGAUGAUUAUACCAGUUGAAGCUGAUUGGGUCUUUGCCACAAGCCAGGCUCUAAUCACUUUAGAAGAUACUUGUAAAGCUCCUUGAGAAGCCAUGGCAAACAGGCUAGAGGUUCAGUGAUGUGCCCAAUGCCAACUGUCAGUCUGUAUUGGAACCAAGUUUUCUCCCUAGGUUGAACCUAGAAGUAUCCCAUUACUGCUACUCUGUACCUCUUCAGGAAGGAGGGACCCAUAUUCCUAACCCUCCAAAAGGUUAUAUAGUUUUGAAAUCAAUUGCUAGUCCAUGGUAGAACAGCUUUUUGGAGAGAGAUGAAGGAUAUGUCUGUAGGAGCACUUGUUUCUGUCUGUAAUCAGUUUCCCUUACUCCCUGCUCCCAUACAAAUACUGGUCUUAUGUAACAUUUUUCUGUUUUGUAAUUUCUUUUCUUUAUCCUAAUGGGACAAGUAGAUGAGAACUGUUCCCAUUUCACAAAGGAGGAAAUAGGGCUAAAGGAGUUAAAUAAUGUGCCCAAGGUACAGCCUUGAACUCUGGUGCUCUCUCUGGGAAUCUGGGUUACAUAUUUAAAUAGCCCAGCAAGACACUGAGCUGGGCUAUGGCAAUGGAUGAGUAGAGAGCUUUGGCGGGGAAGUCUCUCCUAGCCCAGAUGAUAACACAUUAUUCAUGGCGGGUCUCCAGGUAAAGCUGACAAACAUGGGAAUGCUGCCUUCACUUAGGAAUGGCAACAAAAGGGUGAUCCCAGCCCUGGUGAUGUUAAUGCAUGGGAUUCAGGGGCACUGACUGGCUUUGGCCGAUCCCACAGUGGGUUAGUAGCUGGUCGGCAGGUAGCAUAAGCCCCGAGAUGAUGCCUUCUUGGGAGAAGAGAAUGAUAAGGACACCUAACAGCUCUUUAAAAGCUCGGGCCCAGGAAAGGGUAGCGCGGGGAAAACUACAUCUCCCAGAAUCCGCCGCUCCCGGGCGAGUCGCGAUGGUUGCCAUGGUUUCAGAAAACAAUAUGGCUGCUCCCAGGAGGGACGUGAGUCGCCAGGAAGCAGAGGAAGUCUGGAUUCCCACAGUGGAGAGAAAGGAGACAUUUGAGGGGUCGUAAGACCGAAAGUAGAAGCUGCACGGCUAGAACGGGCUGGCCUUGCCAAGGACAUUAAUGGCUAGCAGCAUGGACGAAGAGGCUCUGCACCAGCUGUAUUUGUGGGUAGACAACAUCCCUCUGUCCCGACCCAAACGAAAUCUCUCCCGUGACUUCAGCGACGGAGUGCUGAUUGCAGAGAUCAUCAAGUUUUACUUCCCCAAGAUGGUGGAGAUGCACAAUUAUGUCCCUGCCAACUCCCUGCAGCAGAAGCUCAGCAACUGGGGUCACCUGAACAGGACCUGUCUAUCACCCAUGUGUCUGUCCUGUAGGAAGGUGCUGAACAAGUUGAACAUCUCGGUACCAGAUGAUGUGAUGCGCAAGAUUGCACAGUGUGUCCCAGGCGUGGUGGAGUUGGUGCUUAUCCCACUGAGGCAGCGCCUGGAGGAGCGGCAGAAGCGCAGGAAGCAGGGCAUCGGCUCCUUACAGGACCUGGGUCUUCAGAAUAGCAGUGACUACAUGGAUGUGGGUCUGUCCCAGAAGGCCCGAGGGGAAGGUGCUGUGGAUCCCCAGGGAGGAGGCCAGGUCAGAGGAACCCGGCAGCCAGCACCCCAGCCUCCUGGGUAUAACCAGGCCCAGCAGAGUGACCCAAGCUUCGUGCUCCAGAUUGCUGAAAAAGAGCAGGAGCUGCUGGCUUCACAGGAGACUGUGCAGGUCCUGCAGAUGAAGGUGAGGCGCCUGGAGCAUCUGCUCCAGCUCAAGAAUGUGCGCAUCGAGGACCUGUCCAGGCGGCUCCAACAGGCUGAGCGAAAGCAGCGGUGAACCUGGAUGCCAAGACUCAGCCGCCCACUGGCAGACUCAGUGCUGGGAGGGCAAAGCCAGUGCCCCACCGGCUUCUUCCACUCUAGCAACUCCUGUCUUGGGGAUGGGGGUGGUAGUGCAGCUUACCAGGAACCUGAGUGGCCUACAUUCUAUCCAGGCCUGGAGAAUGGACCACUUUCCCCAGGGCCCUUCCUGGGCCUUGGGAAGUAAUCCCCUGGCUCUGUCCACAUCCUUAGUUCAGAUCCCUACCCAUCUCUGGGGACCUUGGUGUCUCUAUCUAGGCUAGUUCUGCCAUUGGCAGUGCAGGAAGCUGCCCUUGGAAGCCAGGGGGCUCACCUGGGACUGGUCUCACAGCUGGAGACUGCACACAGCAGCUGGAGAGGAAUAGGUGAAGAACAGCAGCAGCCAGGAAUAGGGGACAUAUCUGCUGUGCCCAGAGCAGGGCCCUUCCCUACCCCAUGGGGUACUGUUGGGCGUGCGUGGGGGCUGUAGGACAGGGUGGUCCCCAUUAAAGGGGGUGAUUUGCUUUCUUUCCUAUGCCUGCCUCUUUUUGCCUGAAUCCCUGAAGGGAAUGGGUUCCUUCCCCUUUGUCAUCUAACCCUUAUCUCCUUGACUAAAACAGCCUGGUUGGCUCAGAAUGGAUCUCAUCUUAUGGGUGGCAGGUCUGUGUGCCUGCUGCUUAGUGAACUGGGCUCCACCUUUGUGAACUGACUCCUAACCCUGGUUUCAAUUGCCCCCAAAGCUGCCUGCAGUGUCCCUCGACUUUGUUUAAACCCAAGCUUCAGAUUAUCUCCAGUGGUGCCCUCAACCCUGCCCGUGGUCUGGCCCUUUAACUUGGCCUGUAUGACUCCCAACCCUGCCCACAUACUGUUCUAUGGGCCAACGCCAAGCUUUCCUGCCAAUGUUGACCAAGACACUAUGGCUGCGACUUAUAUGACUUUCACGCUGAUGACUUGCUGACUCCCAGUAAUGUUAAAUAUUUGUACAUCUGGAGAUCUAGUAAUUCCAUUCUAAGAUAUAUACCAGCAAAAACUUAAUCUUUGUACUCUGGGAACAGGUCACAUCAGUGGUCAUAGCAACACUCUUUGUAAUAACAAAAGAACUAAAAAAAAAGGACCCAUUUUAGUUACUAGUACUGUGUUGCACAUUACUAUCAAUUUAGCCGAGUGCUUAUUAUCUCACAUUUUUUCUAUCAGUCAAGAGGCCAGGCUGGCUUUGCUGGGGCCUCUGCUUCAGGGUUUUAGCCAAAACUGCACUAAAGUGUGAGCCAGAACCGUGGUCCCAUAUGCAGGGGCAGCUGGGAAAGGAGUCAUGUGCACGUUAAUUGGUGACAGGACCCAGUUUCUGGUGGACUGUUGGGCUUUAGUGUUUGCUGGUCAUUGGCCUGUGGUUGCCCUCAUUUCCUCGCUAUAUGGCCACUUUCAGCAUUGUAGCUUACUUCGCCAAAGCCAGUGAGGGAGAGAGUAGAGUGUCUAUGGUGGCACAAACCUGUAAUCUCAGCACUUCCAGGAAGUUGCAAGUUUGAGCCAGAGGAACCUCAUUAGUGAGACCCUAUCUCAAAAUAAAAGAAAAAAAUUAAAAAGGGAUGAGGAUACAGCUCAGUGUAAAGACCCAGGGCUCCCAUCCACAGUUUAGAAAAGAAAGAAAAAGAGAGAGAGGGUGGCAAGACAGCAGAUGCAUUUACUGUAAUCAUGGAAGGGAGACCCCAUCAUGUUUGGUGAAUUCUAUUUACAAAGAGCAAGCCACAAGGCCAACUCACAUUCAGGGGCUGCACCUGGGUAUGAACAUCAGGAUGGCUGAUGUUCCUCCUUAUGGUCAUGAAAAGAUAAAAUAAAAGGUACCACUUCCCUCUGAGAGGAAGUAAGGGUGGUGAGAUGCAAGCACCACCUGAGCUGGUAUAAAUUAUUCAUAAUUUAUUUAGCUUUCAAAGUAGGUUGGUUUAUGGGUUUUCAGAUGUGAGUUGUUUCUGGACAAACGGGGAGUGUCAUGAACUGAUGAUUAUACUCAAUAAGAUUCAAUAAUAUUAAAGAUAUUCAAGGCUGGGCAUGGUGGCAUAUACCUGUAAUCCCAGCACUCAGGAGGCUGAAGCAGGAGGAUCAUUGCAAGUUCAAGAGCAGUUUAGGCCACAAAGUGAACUCUAGGCCAGCCUGAGCUUUAUAGUGAGACUCUGUUUCAAAAAGAUAUCUCUAUCUAUCUAUCUAUCUAUCUAUCUAGAUAUAUGCAAACAGGCACACUUACUGUUACCUUACCAUUUCCUGCCUUUUUCCAUACAGGGCAGCAUACUACAACAUACUCUGUUUUACAUCUUUAUUUUCUCCUUAAUAAAAUCUCUUGUAGAUCUGGUGUGAUUAA